AUGCUUUCUUCGAUAAUACCAAUGGAGCUGUUUCCUUUUCCCUCCUUGCUAAUCUUGCUUUCCUCCUUCCUCUUCUUCUCAGUCGUAGUUAAAAUAGUAAGGAAAAUGAAAAUCAUAGACUCAAACAAGAAGCUGCCACCAGGGCCAUGGAAAUUACCCUUUAUAGGCAACCUACAUCAGCUAGUUGGCUCACUACCUCAUCGAAUUCUCAGAGAUUUGGCCAAUCAACAUGGACCCUUAAUGCACCUACAGCUUGGUGAAAUUUCCACCAUCAUUGUUUCAUCACCAGAAAUUGCCAAAGACGUCUUGAUAACACAUGGCCGUAUCUUCGCUGAUAGACCUUAUUCGAUUGCUGCAAAUGUGAUUUCUUAUGAUUCCAGGGACAUUCUCAUGGCACCAUAUGGCAACUACUGGAGACAAGUACGAAAAAUCUGCACUGUGGAGCUUUUAACAGCAAAAAGAGUGCAAUCCUUUGAAUCAAUCAGACAAGAGGAAGUUUCAGGUCUUGUGAAAUAUAUAUUUUCAAACCAAGGGUCACCAGUCAAUCUUACCAAGAAGAUAUUUUCCUUGACAUAUGGGAUCACAUCAAGAGCAGCUUUCGGUAAAAUAUGCAAGGACAAAGACUCUUACUCAAUAGUUGUGGAAGAAAUAAUAAAGUUGGCUUCUGGAUUCAGUCUAGCAGAUUUGUACCCAUCGUUUAGAGUACUUGAGUUAAUUAGUGGAUUGAGACAGAAAGCCGAGGCUCAGCUUCAGAAGAGUGAUGAGAUACUUCAGGGCAUCAUUAAUGAGCACAGAGCCAAUCUGGAGAGUGGAAGAAUAGGUGAAGGAGAAGCCGAGGAUGACCUGGUUACUGUUCUUUUAAAGACUCAGCAACUUGCUGAUCUUGAAUUUCCCCUUACUGACAAGGAAAUCAAAGCAAUCAUUUGGAAUAUCUUCGGCGCGGGGGGCGAAACAUCAUCAACAAGCGUAGAUUGGGCAAUGUCAGAAAUGGUGAGAAAUCCAAAGGUGCUACAAAAGGCACAAAAAGAAGUACGCCAGGUCUGUCAUGGAAAAAGAGACGUAGAUGAAGCAAGUCUCAAGGAAUUAAAAUACUUAGCAUUAGUUAUCAAAGAAACCAUGAGGUUACACCCUCCUUUUCCUCUGUUACUUCCAAGAGAAAGUCGAGAGAACUGUGAAAUCAAUGGCUACCAAGUUCCUUCUAGGACUAAACUCAUAAUCAAUGCAUGGGCUAUGGGAAGAGAUCCCAGGUACUGGAGUGAAGCCGAGACAUUUUAUCCUGAAAGGUUCCUCAAUAGUUCUAUUGAUUUCAGAGGAACAGAUUUGGAGUAUAUCCCAUUUGGUGCAGGAAGAAGAAUAUGCCCAGGCAUAUCAUUUGCACUUCCUAACAUUGAGUUGCCUCUUGCAAAAUUGCUUUUCCAUUUUGAUUGGGAGCUUCCUAGUGGACUAAGCCAUGAAGAUUUGGAUAUGACUGAAACAUUUGGUGUGACUGCGAGAAGGAAAGAUGAUUUAAUUUUAAUUCCAACCACUCAUGCUAAUUUUAAUUCCAACCACUCAUGCUAAUUUUUCCGUUAAAUGACUUUUUUCUUCCUACUUUGUACUAUUAUACAAAUAAUUUGUGCAUUUAAGUUUUGGUCUUGAAAGCACAAACAAGUGAAUCAAAUUUCCUCUAAAA